AUGAUUGAUAUCUUAAAUAUUGGAAGUGAGCCGGUCUUUGACGAUCGCGUCAAGAUUGAGACUCACACGUACAAUCCGUACGCAAACACGACGUUUGGACAUAACGAUGAAAUAAGAAUACCUAUACAACAGCAAGAUUUAUACAUCUUGCCAUGCGAAAGCUUUCUCUAUGUCGAAGGAAAAUUGACGAUAAAGAAGAAAAAUAAUGAAUCAGUGACAAUUCUUGGAAACAAUUGUGUAGCAUUUAUGUUUGAAAUUGAUGAAAUUCGAUACGAACUCAAUGAUGUGGAGAUUGAUCGCAACAGAAACGUCGGAAUAACCAGAUGGGACAUUUCAUCGACCAUACCGGAAGGAUACUUUAAUUUUUGCGUGCCACUCAAUCUGUUGUUUGGCUUUUGCGAAGAUUACAAACGUGUGGUUGUUAACGCUCGUCACGAAUUGAUACUGAUACGAGCGCGCAGCGACAACAACUGUAUGGUGGGAGUUUCGACGAUGGAGCCGGAAAUAGAAUUAUUCAAAGUACAGUGGCGAAUGCCUCAUGUAAUGUUGAAUGAAAUCAAUAAACUAUCUUUGUUGCGAGCUUUGGAAAGUGGGCGAUAUCUGAGCAUGAGUUUUCGCUCGUGGGAUUUAUACGAGUAUCCUUUAUUACAAAGUACAACUAAACAUUCGUGGGCUGUAAAAACGUCGACUCAGCUAGAGAAACCGCAGUAUGUUAUCUUUGCUCUGCAGGCGGGCCGAAAGAAUAACAUGUCUGAAGAUGUUACGAUAUUCGAUGACUGUAAAUUGACCAAUGUGAAACUUUAUUUAAAUUCCGAAUUUUAUCCGUACGACGACUUAAAUCUAGAUUUUUAA